AUGGAUAGCGGUGCGUCCGCUCCGGCGGCGCCGAUUCCGAACGCGAAUGCGCCGCCUCCGUUUCUGAGCAAGACUUACGACAUGGUGGAAGACCCUUCCACCGACGCGAUCGUGUCGUGGAGCGCUACCAACAACAGCUUCAUCGUGUGGGACCCACCCGAAUUCGCCAGAGACCUCUUACCCAAAUACUUCAAACACAACAACUUCUCCAGCUUCGUUAGACAGUUAAACACUUAUGGUUUCAGGAAGGUCGAUCCAGAUCGUUGGGAAUUUGCAAAUGAGGGUUUUUUGAGGGGUCAAAAACAUUUGCUUAGGAGUAUAACACGACGAAAACCUGCCCACGGUCAAAAUCAUCAACAGGCUCAGCAACCCCAUGGACAGAAUUCAUCGGUAGGGGCAUGUGUUGAAGUCGGGAAGUUUGGGCUUGAGGAAGAGGUUGAGAGGCUUAAAAGAGAUAAGAACGUGCUCAUGCAAGAGCUUGUAAGGUUGAGGCAGCAGCAACAGACCACUGAUAACCAGUUGCAAACAAUGGUUCAGCGCCUUCAGGGAAUGGAGCAACGACAGCAACAAAUGAUGUCAUUCCUUGCGAAAGCCGUUCAGAGCCCUGGAUUCUUUGCCCAGUUUGUACAACAAAAUGAGAGCAACAGGCGCAUAACUGAAGUCAACAAAAAGCGUCGGCUUAAGCAGGAAGGUAUUGCAGAAACAGUGCCUGCUGCUAAUCCAGAUGGACAAAUUGUUAAAUAUCAACCUCUGAUUAAUGAAGCAGCAAAAGCCAUGCUUAAGCAGAUCAUGAAAUGGGAUACUUCUCGUACAGAAUCUUUUAAUAAAAACCCUGAUGACUACAUGAUUGGUGAUGCUUCAUCAUCUUCCAGUGGAAUGGAUAGUAGCGCUUCCUCAGGCUGGACUUCUGGGGUAACUCUUAAGGAGGUAUCUCCAGCUUCGGUGCAGUCUUCACACGUGCCAGCUGCCACUGGGACCCAAGGGCAUGUCCCCCCAACUGUUAAACCUGAAACUUUAUCUGUACCACAAGCAGUAGCUUCUGAAAAUGUUACAAAUGAUGGAGGACAUGGUGCACCUCCUAUCCCUGUUUCUCAAGCAGAUAUGGUGAUCCCUGAUCUUCCUCCAAUAACAGAGAUGGUGACAGGAAAUAUUCUUGAUAUUCCUGAAGAAAAUUAUAUGGCAACUGAGACAGAUGAGGGAUAUAUGGAUCCUUCAUUGGGGGCUACUGGAUCAUUUCCCAUUGAUUUUGAAGUCAUUUCACCUGAUAACAUUGAUGAUUUGUUAGGCAAUCCUAUUUGGGAUGAAAUUUUGCAAACCCCAGUUCCAGAGGAUAUUGAGACCAAUAUUGCCGAUGUAUCGAAUGAGGUCCAGCCAACGGAAAAUGGAUGGAGUAAAACUCAACAUAUGGAUCACCUUACAGAGCAGAUGGGUCUUCUUUCUUCUGAUACAAAACGAGUUUGA